AUGAGCCACAUCUCAACUCCUCUUCCUCACCCAUUCCCAGCAGCUCUGCCUCCAAAGGCAGCCCGCAGGCUGAUGGAGCCGCCAAAGUCAGGCUGGCCCGACGCUCCACGCAAGAACCUUCCUGCUUGGAACCGUGUUGUGGACGUUGUGUACCACAAGUUUUGCCGCGGCAAGAGACCUGACGAUGACGACUUCGCCUUCGACCAGUCCGUUGCCCUCUACUUCGCCAACCGCGGCCGACUUCAAGAUUCAGACUCCGCGUCACCUUACUUCGGACUCCCCACAAUCGCCCGAUUCAAGAUCUGCCAGGAGCUGGCCAUGAGCCACAGCGCGGACCUUCCGAUCACUCUGACUGCCAGCCGGUCAACCAGGGAGGUCUGGAAAGACGACGAAUUCAUCAACCUGGCCAGCGCUGUGAAACCUUUGGAGUCGUACCUCAGCGUCUCGUUCGCCUUUCGUGCGGAAAUGAUGGUAGCUUUUCUAAUGACGGAAAGGUUUCACGUCACAUUCUCGCCGUUCGUGAACACCUACUUUGAUCCUCUGGCAACGCUGUGGUGCAACAGAUAUGGGCCCUUCAUGCAGCAAAUUGUCCUCGAACUCGACAUGACACGCCUUGGCUUCGGUCCUGGGAAGAAGGCUUACAAACUCCGCGCGGGAACCAUCAACCUUGAUACGCAAAUCAAAAUGUUCGUCGAGUCGCAGCUCAAGCGGAGCUGCUCACUCAAGAGUCUCGUCCUUCUUUGCCGUCGAUUUUACGGCCAGCGCCCGCAGGUCAUCGCUCCUCUCGGUGCCACCGAGUCAAACCCCGAUGACUUGGUCGAAGUGUACGAGCCCGAGGGGUCGUUGGCAAUGCAGAAAGCAGACGACGGCGUCUACUACUGCCCGGAUGAGGCGCUUCAUGUCUGCGAGCCGCUCACGCGACUGGAGUGGAUGAUCGACUCGAUGCGCCUGGUUGGAUUCAGCAACCAAUACACUCACUUUCUAAUACGCCGAAUCUUCCCAGUGCAUCACGACGCCAACAGCCUCAAGCAUCAUUCUUAUCGAGUAGCGCCCUCCUGCGUAUGGCCACGCCUUCCGGGGCAAUCGUCGUGGAUCGAUACAGGACGCGGCAGGAUUCAACUUGACGAUCACUCCCGAGAGUACCUUCGGGGUCUGUACUCUCCAGAAGGUGCGAUUCAGCUGCCACCGCCUUACUAUGACCCGGAAACGAAGCGCACGUCAAUUCGUCCGCCGAUCGGGGACAUGGUCGAUGCUACCGAAGCGAGUGAAUUGUACGAGAGACCGGAGACCCGGAUGACGAUGGCUGAGCAGCGGCCUAGAGCCUCGAUGGCAUCGGAUGCUGAAAGCCUUGAGCGAAAAAUGCAGGGCUUGGUAUACAAGCUUCGACGAAGCAUGUCAAGACGGGGUACUGAGUCUAGGCCGUUACUGGAUCGGCAGGUUACCAACAGAACGUCUAUCGAGAAGUUAUCAUUCGAGGCAAGAUCUGCGUACUCUGACGGUCAUGGGCGAAGCUCGGCGGGCACGUUCGAUUCGGAGGAGCAGGCCAGCGUGAACUUGGAGUGUAACCUGAAGCAACCGGCGCACAGGCGAGCCACGAGCAUGGCUAGCAGGAUCAGAACAUACUGA